AUGUACAUGUCUCAAAGGGAGAGCUUUUUCAUACAAGUAAGAGGUGAAGAAGAUCUUCAAGUCCCUCAAACUAGGGCUUCUCCAAAGCUCAACUUCUCUGCCAUGAAGAUCUUUGAUCGCUUCCGUAAGAUUCUAAUGAGGUUCAUUUUCUCACUCCCUUCAAGUUCUAGAGGAUCUCAUCAGGCGACGGUGGGGUCGGUUCCGAGACGAAGGUCAUGUGACAGGCCUGAGUCUGACCCUCCAAAGACCUCAUGCAGCUCAUAUUACUCAUCGAACUCGCACUACAAUGAAGCCAUUGCUGACUGCAUUGAGUUUUUCAAUAAGUCAUCGCAGGAGGGGAUCUUUGAUGCCAGGAAAUCUGAUGUUAUGGUUUGA